UAAUAAUUAAAUUUAUUAAUUAAUUUUUUAAGUCAAGUUGAUACGACAAGCUGGGUUGACCUAAUUCAAGAAAUUAUUUUUCUCUCUCAGAAAUGCAAUUGCAUGUGCUUUCUGAUUAGCCCAUCUCAUCUAUAAAUACAAGUUACAGCUCUUCACAUCACGCUCUAUAGUACUGCUUUUCACUUUUUUUCUUCCACUUGUGCUGUGUUAUUUGUUUUUUUAUUUUCAGUCGUCGUACGAUGUCGGAUACCAGUGGCUCCGCCCUCAAAGACGGCGGCGAGAUUAUGCUUUUCGGUGUGAGAGUGGUGGUGGACUCCAUGAGGAAGAGUGUGAGCAUGAAUAACUUGUCUCAGUACGUACAGCCUCACGAAAACAACGGUAACAAUAAGGAUGACGUGGCGGCUGCUGGUUAUGCCUCUGCCGACGACGCCGUUCCGAACUCUAGAGCCAGUCGUGAGCGGAAACGAGGAGUGCCGUGGACGGAGGAAGAGCAUAAGCUGUUCUUGUUGGGGUUACAGAAAGUAGGGAGAGGAGAUUGGAGAGGAAUCUCUAGAAACUUCGUUAAGACAAGAACACCAACACAGGUGGCUAGUCAUGCUCAGAAGUACUUUCUUCGCCGGAGCAAUCUCAACCGUCGACGCCGCCGAUCUAGCCUCUUUGAUAUCACUACAGAAUCGGUGGCUGAUAUUUCAAUUGACGAUGAACAAGUUGAUCAGCAAGGCAACAAUCCAUCGGAGACUGUGCAACACCUUGAAACAAACAACUUUGCCAUGAUGCCUCCUCCUGUGCAUGUAGUUUUACCAGUAACGAUUGAGAAUCCGGUGGAAAAUCUGACAGUAGGACGACUCAAUCAAUCAAACAUAAUGGGGACGAACCUGGUCCGUCCAAUUCCUGUAGUUCCAGCUCCUCAGGCUGUAACAAUGUCCGAUCUUAACUUGAAUUUGAAUCUAACGAUGGACCCAUCUCCAUUGUCCCUGAGGCUGUCCUUGCCAUCGGGUCAAAGGGAAUCAUCAUCAAGGCAUUCAGCUUUUCAGGCGAUGCCCACCUUAAGAAAUGGGGAUAACAAUAACAUGAUCAGGGUUGCUUGAGAAGGGAAAUUUGAGUUAGAAGGAAGGUGGGUAAUCAAGGGUGAUGAUGAUGAUGAUAAGAUAAUUAGGUGAGUGUUAUUGAUCCUUUGUUUUUGUACAGAGUAUGAUAAAUGACUAUGAUUUCCUGUUA